CGAGCGGGCGACAUUGGCAACAUGACCCAAGCAGGCCCUCUCAAAGAACCAUGUUUCAAUCGCCCGCAGCGCCAGUGUUUGCUGGCUGCAGUCAAUGCCCUUUGACCAAUACUACAUCACUGAAUGCACUGCAUCCAAACUUCAACACGUCUAUUCAUUACACUGUGUCAUGCCCAGGUAGGCUGCCUGCGCGGGAAGCAUCGCUUGUUGCGUCAUGCGUACCUCUGGGCAUGGUCGUCCCAGCAUUGAGGAACAUGGCUCCCGAGUCCUAGCCCUGCUGAUAUACCCAGCCUGCCUAUACUGCGAACAGCUAGCAGACCAACCGUCGAGACCGAUCAACUCGUAGUAAUGCGCGCCAACACACAUGAUACACCGAACG